CUUUUCUACUGUCCUAAAGCCACCGAACCUUUUUAUACUGUAUUCUCUAUGCCCCCAAUUCUGACUCCACUGAUUGGCUCUUUUUCUCUUGGAACUUUCCAUCACCCACUUUUUUCCAGGUAAAAACAACUGCAGUGGAAUAUUGAGGCCUCCCCCUCCUUUAUCUCCCCAAAUUCUGUGCUUCUUCAGAGACCCUUUGCUUCCUUUUUUUUUUCAUUGUCUUUUGAAUUUUGGUUGGUGGGCAAUACUAAUAUAUGCAUAGAUAGUCGAUACAGAGGUUUUAAUUUCUUUUUUCUGGGGAGAAUUUGGAGGUCUUGUGAUACAGAGGGAGGUUCAGGCCUUGAGGGGAAAAGAUUGAAAAUGGAUGCUAUAAAGAAGCAAGCAAGUAAAUUAAGAGAACAGGUGGCUAGGCAGCAGCAGGCAAUUCUCAGACAACUAGGACAAUUGGGUCAUGAAGCUGUAAUGGUUGAUGACACUGAAAUGGAGUGUUACCAACAACUCCAAAAUUUGUACAAAUCUACAAGAACUGCUAAGCAUUUGCAGAGGGAUAUCGUCCGUGGUGUAGAAGGAUUUAUUUCAAUAAGCAAAAAGCAGAUGGAGAUAACUAGAAAGUUGGCAGAAGAUUGUUGCAAGUAUGGGAUUGAGAACCAAAGUGAUGCUCUUCACCUUGCAAGGGCUGCCUCUGGUUUCAGUACCACACAUGUUUCAAUGGAAGAUCAUAGGGAAACUAUGCUUGGGAUUCUUGCAAACCAGGCAUCGUGGCUUACUAAAGCUGUGUCAAGGACAAGGAUGAUAUAUUUAUCCACUGAGAGAUUGUGCUUUCAGGUUUGUGAACCUCUGCGCGUGUCCAUAGCUGGUGCUCCAUUAGAAGAUGCUCGCCACUUGACUCACCGUUAUGACAGAGUCCGGCAAGAGUUUGAAGCCCAGGCAGCUGAUGUAUUAAGGCGUAGAUCAAAGUGUAAAGAUUCUUCUGCAGAGAGUGUUAUAAAGCUAAAAAGUUCAGAAGCAAAGUUGACUGAGCUUAAAUCUUCAAUGUUGGUGCUUGGGAAUGAAGCAAUUUCCGCUAUGUUGUCAGUUGAGGAUCAGCAACAGCAACUUACUUUUCAAAAGCUUCUUAGCAUGGUAAUGCUAUUCAAAAGUUCAUGUCAGGUGGAUGCUGAGAGAUCUUAUCAUCAAAACAUUGUUGCUCUUUUAGAGAAGCUGCAUUCUGAGAUGAUUCUGGAGGAGCAACUGAACGAGUCUUCGUUACAUUCAUCAUUUAGCCAGAAAGAUUCCUGUUCUCUAUUUGUACAUGUAGAUACCAUAAAUAAGUCUGAAGAUGAUGCAUACUUUAUUGCAAAGGUUAUACACUCUUUUGAUGCCCAAGCAGAUGGCGAGCUUAGCCUUGCAGUUGAUGAUUAUGUUGUUGUUAGGCAGGUGGCUCCUAAUGGAUGGUCCGAAGGAGAAUGCAAGGGCGAGGCUGGAUGGUUUCCUUCAGCCUAUGUAGAAAGGAGAGACAAGAUUCCUGCAAGCAAGCACUGGAAGGUUCGGGCAAUCGGUUUUAGUUUUGCUGCCUUCAAGUUCAUACAUGAAAUUCCCCUUCAUUGUAUAGUUCACUGUUGCUCGUUUGUUUGUUGACAAGUUUACCCUAGUUGGGAUCUGGGAUUCUUUUCCAUUUGAAGAUCAUAACUUUGUGUACUUUUAUUUUUGGGUUGAAGUGCUUUGAUGGGGAUGAAUACUGAUGCCUGGUGGAGAGUAACUAAAAUGCAUGGUUCUUUGGAAGUAGUACUGAUUUCGUAGUAUUGAGUCCA